AUGGAGGAACUCACGGCUUUUGUAUCCAAAUCUUUUGACCAGAAAAGCAAGGAGGGCGGCGGCGGCGGCGGCGGCGGCGGCGGCGGCAAGAAGGAUUCGAUCACGUACAGGGAAGUUUUGGAAAGCGGACUGGCGCGCUCCCGGGAGCUGGGGAGCUCGGAGUCCAGCCUCCAGGACCUUACGGAGGGCAGCGGCCACUGCCCGGUGCAUCUGUUUAAGGACCACGUGGACAGCGACAAGGACAAACUGAAAGAGUUCGGCACGGGGAGGGCUGCGGAAGGCAUCUACGAGUGCAAGGACAAGCGCGAGGACGUCAAGUCCGAGGACGAGGACGGGCAGACGAAGCUCAAGCAGAGGCGCAGCCGCACCAACUUCACGCUGGAGCAGCUCAACGAGCUGGAGAGGCUGUUCGACGAGACCCACUACCCCGACGCCUUCAUGCGCGAGGAGCUCAGCCAGCGCCUGGGGCUCUCGGAGGCGCGCGUGCAGGUUUGGUUCCAGAACCGGAGAGCUAAGUGCCGGAAGCAAGAGAACCAGAUGCAUAAAGGCGUUAUCCUGGGCACCGCCAGCCACCUGGACGCCUGCAGGGUGGCCCCCUACGUGAACAUGGGCGCCCUCCGAAUGCCUUUCCAACAGGUUCAGGCACAGCUCCAGCUGGAAGGCGUCGCGCACGCGCACCCGCACCUGCACCCGCACCUGGCCGCGCACGCGCCCUACCUGAUGUUCCCGCCGCCGCCCUUCGGGCUGCCCAUCGCAUCCCUGGCCGAGUCGGCCUCCGCCGCCGCCGUCGUGGCCGCCGCCGCCAAAAGCAACAGCAAAAACUCCAGCAUCGCCGACCUGCGGCUCAAGGCGCGGAAGCACGCCGAGGCCCUGGGGCUCUGACCCACCGCCCGCC